UUCGGGGGAAAAAAAAUGUUGUCAGCGAAUGGAUCUUCUGCGACGGAUGUAAGUUAGGGCUGUUAAAAUAUGUCGUUGGAUACGAUCCUGAACGUUCAAUUCCUUGACUUUAAGUGAAGGUUAGAAAUUAGGUCAGCGCUAGGUGAUGAGGUGGCGCUACAUAGGUGGUGGGAGGUUCCAAACUUCUGAGAUCUCAAAAGUGAAAUCCCAAUUGUUGCACAAAACAGAAGUUGUUUUCCCCAACUCUGCACUCUGAACAAGGAAGUUCUUGGUCCUCAUCACCAUCGUCAAAGUUCUCGCUAGGGAUUUAAAAUUUUCAAGGGAAAAAAAAAAAAAAAUGCAAAAUGAUGAGCAAUCUCUGGAGAAGAGGCCCGGAAUCUUAUUCAUCGGAUCCUCUAACGUCGGCAAGCGGACCCUCUUUUCCCGACUAGUUAGUGUGGAUUUUGAAGAUGCUACUGAUUCACCAUCGGAGGUCUUACUUCGUGGCUGGACUAUCAACACCAAGUAUUAUACUGCUGAUGUUUCCAUAUGCAUUGCUCAGCUUGAUGAAGAAUUCUCCAUUUCCAAUCUUUCAAUUUAUACCCAGUUGGCUGCCAUUGUUAUGGUUUUCGACAUGACUGAACCUUCGUCUCUUGCUGUGCUUAUGGAAUGGGUUUCUCGCAAUGAUCUUCGAAAUUUUGAGAUAUUGUUGUGCAUAGGAAACAAAGCGGAUCUUGUUCCGGGUCAUCCAGUGCAUUCUGAAUACAGAAGAAAACUCCUGAAAGUUGGAGAAUCGUCCAAUGACUCACAUCUGGAGUUCAGUGAUUAUGGAAUUUCUGAGACGGAAGGUAGUAGCUUAUUGGGAGAUGAUGAAUCCCCAGGGGAGACUAGGAGGUCAUGUCUGGAUUGGUGCGUUGAGAAUAACAUUGAGUAUAUUGAAGCUUGUGCAUCUAAUGCUGACUUUGAUAAAUGUUUGUCAGUUGAUGGUGAUUCACAAGGAGUUGAACGUCUGCUUGGUGCUCUCUCUGCUCAUAUGUGGCCAGGAAUGAUUCUAAAAUCUGGAGAUAAGAUAACUGAACCAUCAAUACCUGAAAAAGAAGUCUCAGCAGAUGAAGAAUCUGAUUAUGAAGUUGAAUAUGAAAUCUUAUCCGCUGGCUCAGCUGAACCAUGGGAUGACACAAAUAUAGGAUGGGUUUCUGCAAAUGGUUUUACCCGUGAAACAGAGACAUUAGACGCUCAGAAUAAUCCUAUCGCUGAAUGCAAUCAAACAAAUGGAACCAGAUGUGAUAAGGAAGAGCUGCAGUCCUCAACAUCAACAACUUCAUUGCACAAUGAGAUUAAUAAGGGAGUGGUACCACAUGUUGAAGAACCUAACCAAGAGAUGAAUCCAGAUGAGUGCUCACCAUUUGACUUUGAAGAUUUGGAACAAUUGAUGUCUGAGAUAGGAAACAUGCGGGAUAAUUUAAGGCUGAUGCCUGAUUUUCAGCGUAGAGAAAUGGCUGCAAAACUGGCACUGAAAAUGGCUGCCAUGUUUGGGGGUGGCAGUGAUGAUGAAGAGGAUGUUUGUUGUAAUUGAAUAUGGAAUGUAUGUUCUUAAUUUUUGACUACCGAGUAGAAUACAAUUAUUGAGAUGUGUAAGUGGGUAUGAGGGUUGUUAUCCCUGAAUAUUUAUCUCAGAUUUGUCCAUGAAGUGACAUCCAGAAGGAAAUGAGUAGUCUUAAUGGAUGAGCUAUUUAAAUUGUAA